AUUUGCAGUCUGUGUGCGACAUUUCAAUUAUACUUCAAUUUUCAAUUCUAGUUGUAAUAAUAGUUUUCAAACAUUAUCAAGAAGUUUUGAAAAAUGUCUUCCAAAGAAAUAACUAGCAGUAAUUCAAAGAUAAUUCUAGAGAUGAUAACACCUCAUAGAUUAACCGUUUCUAUAUUAAUACGAAAUUUUUGUUUGUAUCGAGAUGACGAAAAAUUCAAAGAAAUGGAUGAUCAAGUGUUGAUGUGUAAAUAUAGAAGAGACUUUUGUGUGUUAAUCUUGAGACUUUUACAAAGUCCAGAUCUUCCCCUUCUGGAAUUGAAAAAUCUGUUAAAUUCCAAAAAGUAUGUAAUACCAGACAGUCUGAUGGAAUCAUUCGAUCAAACGUUAGCAACCCUAAAUGAAGAAGGUAUAGGCAAUUUAUUGGAUAUUGUAGAUAGUUUAGUUAAAAUUAUGAGCAGAUCUGAAGAUCAUCCAAACAGUACAAGUGUUAUUGCGAAAACUAGUAUUGCAGGGUAUUAUAUCAGAAGAUUUAUAGUUUAUUUUGAAAAAUUAACGUUUUCAGAAGUAGUUAAAGUGUUUGAAGAUUUUCAGGCUUAUUAUGAGGAAAUUCAAAAGUGUACUAAUUUCUUAAAUCCCGAUGACGAAAAUACAGAUUCCUGGUCAAGUACAAGAGAACAGUGGUCAAGAAGGCAGGCAGAAUUGUUUAUAGCUACUCAAGCAGCUUUGCUUUCGAAUAACGAAGGGAAAGCACUACCUCCACCCGAAUUACAAAAUAGAAUAAGUAACAUUUUGAAGUCUAAUCCGGAUCUGUCAGGAGCGCAUUUUCUUGCUUAUUUGAACUAUUUACGUGUCGAUGAAUAUUGUGGAGCAAUCGAAAGUCUUCUUCAUUGUUUCGACAGGAAUGUUGAUCCGGAUGUUAAAUGUUAUAACGAUGAAAAAAGCAAGAGACAUCGUUUUGCUGCUUUGAACCUAGCAAUCCUCCAAUAUCAUUUUGGACAUACUGAAGAAGCAUUGGCCUCCCUAAAAGAAGCAAUACAAGUUUCUCAAGAAGCGAACGAUAACAUUUGUUUACAGCAUGCGCUUUCUUGGUUAUAUCGACUAACUAAGGUCAAUGAAGAUAAACUUAUUAUUCAUUGUAUAUUGAAGAGCUCGGAAUUGAGCUUAAGCUACACCGCUUCAUUAGGAUUACAAACUUUUGGUCAAUAUGGAUGUUUGCAUACAGGAAAAACUUAUGCCAUAUUCGAGACACUAGCUAAAAGCGAUAUGAUCAACUGUCAACACAACUACAAAGAUUUAAUUUCCAAUAAUUAUUCCAUGAAAUCAUCACUUUGGCAACUUUACGGAAAAACAGAAAUGUCAUCGUUAUGGAGUCAAUUAUUGUUAUACCAAAACAUGGAUUCCCUUAGUCCUGGCAAAGCUUUCUAUGGAGAAGGAUACUGUCUUGCAGUUUGCAAUAUUGCAAAUCAUUUGCUAGUUGAAGGGGAAUAUGGUCUCGUAAACUGUGUAUUAAAUUUUGCAAAGAAGAGAUUUCCUCAUCAACCUCAAUCGAAUGUUUGGAUGUUAUGUGAAAAUAUUUUCGUCUUUACGAGAUCUCUACAUCAUGAAAAAUUCGCUGAAGCUGAAUCGGCCGCUCAAAAAAUUAUGGUUAUGGAUAAAUGGGAAGGAUAUUUGAGAUUGGCAGAAGUAUUUUUUUAUAAAAGAGAUUAUGUAGAAGCAGAUAAAUGUAUUGAGAUGCUUUUGAAUCAGUAUGAAAACGACAAUACUUAUAAGUUCAGCGAUAGAUAUUAUUAUGUAAGAGCAAAAAUAAUAAAGAUGGAGAUUCAGUUUGCAACAUCAUAUCCGGAUUCUAUUCCUUCAGGAAUCAUAACUGUUCUCAAUAACUGUCUCAUCGAAUCUCAAACGUCCCAAUUAGAUUAUCAGACUGCGUUAAUUCAUCUAAUUUUGGCAAAUUGUAUGUUACAUAUAGGUCUAACAACACAAGCGUUAGGAGUUUUGGAUAAGUGUUUAGUUCAAAUUUUGGGUCAUGGUGGUUGCUACGACAGAGCAAGAGCGACGUUAUUGUAUGCAAAAUGUUUAAUAGCAGAUUCUAGUAGACUAUCAAAUGAAGAAAGAAAUAAAGUGAUAAUGAGAUGCGCACAUAUGUUAGAAAAAGUUAAAGAUGAAUUCAGUAAAGUAGAAGCUAAAUACAGAGUUAAGGAUGUGUUGUUUUUACAGAGUCAACUGUACCAUUGGUUGAAUAUGAAGACCGAGAGAAAUAAAUGCGCCCUCGAGUAUAGAUUAUUAGAUGAGGAACAUACUACUAAGAACAUAUACACUUUAGUUAAAUAUAUUUAGAUUAUGGAUGUAGAAAUAAAUUAUUUAAUUAAUUGUACUUGUCAUUCAAACCAAA